AUGUUUCAAAACGAAUUUGCUGGAAAUUAUUGUCCAAAAAUUCAAAGUCGAUGGAAUUCUUACGGAAACUAUAAGCUGAUAGUGUGGCUAUGGAUGCUUAACGAAACAACAUUGAUGUUCUGUCCAGCGGAGAUAUCACAUAGUGGAUUUUAUAUUCAUGCAGUCCUCCAUGCGAUUUCUGUGAUUUUCAUUGGAAUGCCAUUAGUGUAUUCAGAAAUAUGUAUUGGACAGUACAUGAAUGGUAAUGUGAUAUCAAUGUGGAAUUUCUUUCCAAUUUUUCGGAUUGCUGGUUACGUCGUAGGAAUUUCAACGCAAUUAAUGGUUUACUAUCGCAAGAAAAUGAUUUGGAAACUAUUUUCUCCGACUGACUCUUGGGGACCGAGAGAUAAGAUUUUAUUUAAGAGCAGAAAAAUGUUUGUACCCGAAAUAAUGACGAGAGAGUUUCUGUACAGACAAGUUCGCCUGCGAGGAUAUUACAGGAGCAAAAAAAUAUCUCACAUAAAAAAUCAGGAAUACAACGAACAAGAAUCAAUUUUCUCAUGA